CGGGCACAUCACGAGAGCACUAACUAGCUCGCCGAUGCUGCCGCCCAAGCAUGAAUGUAGGCCUCCCACAGAGGUAAGAUCUCAUCAGACCGCAUUCAUCGCGGACUCCCACUCACAAUUGACACCAAAACAGCAUCAGACCAUGACCCGCACAGGCUGUGAGGCUCGCUGAGACCGCAGUGCGCUCACCGCAAUCUGCACAAACGCUUGCGAUUGCCGCCACUUGCAAUUGCAGCACCAUCUGAGCCUCCUUUCACACCAGCCGGCGGCCUGACGCUGACCUGUGCACGAGACUCUACGCCGCCCGACCUUUGCGGCGUCAGGAGGCCCAAGGGAAACAGGCCAUAACACCUUUGCGGAGCCUUUACAUCUACUCCCCUGAACUCUAAGCAGCGGCCGCAAUGCUUGAAGGCGUUCUAGCAUCUGUCCUGAACCGCUUUCUGGCCUCGUAUGUCGACGGUUUGAACACGAGCCAGCUCAAUGUCGGCAUCUGGAGUGGUGACGUCAAGCUCCGAAACCUGAGACUCAAGACUUCUGCUCUCGACAAGUUUCGCCUUCCUAUCGACGUCAAAGAAGGCUUCCUCGGAGAUCUCACAUUAUCGAUACCUUGGUCGAACUUGAAGGGCAAGCCCGUCCGCGUCCUAGUUGAGAAUGUGUAUCUCUUGGCUGCUCCGAAGGAAGCCAGUGUCGAGAUCGAUGAGGAAGAAGAGGAAGAGCGGGCCCAAGCAGCUAAACUUGAGAAGCUGGCGAACGCCGAGCUGUUGGGUACGUCCAGCUCCAUAGGCGUAAGCGAAGCGGAUGCACAAAAGAAUGAGUCCUUUACAAGUUCUUUGGUCACCAAGAUCGUGGACAAUCUGCAGAUCACUGUCCGGAACAUCCAUGUGCGGUACGAGGACAAGCUGAGCAAUCCCGAACAUCCGUUCUCAGCUGGUUUGACAUUGGCCGAGUUCUCAGCAGUCUCGACGGAUGCCGACUGGAAUCCAACCUUCAUUCAAAAUAGCCAGGAAGGCAUUCACAAACUCGCUCGAUUGGAAUCGCUGGCUGCGUACUGGGACACAGAUGCUGAAUCUCUUGCAGGCUAUGAAGUCUCAGAGGCCCAACAGCGCUUUGCUUCGCUUAUUGCACGGGAUGGCCAGAUCCCACAGCACCAGUACAUUCUGCAUCCUGUUACUGGUGCAGGAAGGCUAGUCAUGAGGCGAAAGAUGACACCAGAUAUUGCCAAGAUGGAUGCGCAGCUCUUGUUCGACUCCCUUGGCUUCGCCUUGGAUGACGAGCAAUAUCGAGACGUCAUCUCAGUGGCGGACUUGUUCCAUUUCUACACGCGACAGGCGCAGUACCGGCGAUACCGGCCCGCGGCUGCUGAGCUCGAGGAGAACAAGCCUCGGGCCAUGCUGCGCUUCGCCGCAAAAGCUAUCCUUAAUGAGGUUCACGAGAAGCGUAAAGUCUGGACGUGGGCCUAUUUUGCACAGCGGAGGGAUGAACGGAAAGAGUACGUCGAAUUGUUCAAGCAAAAGGAGCAGGCUGUUCAUCAGGCCAAUCAAAAUCAAGCGGGGGCUCAGAUUGCAUCGAGCGAGGAGGGCACUAGACUCCACGAGCUCGAGCGGACACUCAGCUACAAGGACAUCAGGUUCUACCGCUCCAUCGCCAGGCACGAGCUACGCAAGGAGCGCACCAACAAGCGAAAGGAAGAGCUUGCAAGCGGCAAUCGCGCCGAUAGCAGCGGAUCCACAGCGCAGGCAUCUGGCGCAGGCGCCGCUGCAGGAGGCGGGUGGCUCGGAUGGAUAUGGGGAGGAGGCGCCAACAAGGCAGGCAGCGAGCAUGAUUCGGGCGUGCUCAAUGAGGAGCAACGGAAAGAGCUCUACGAUGCCAUUGAAUGGGACGAAAGUGCCAACAAUCAAGCUCUCACAUCUGCUGUUGACUUGCCUGGAGAUGCUCUUCAGCUACGGCUCACCACCAAGCUACAAACAGGAUCUCUUUCCUUGAAAGACCACUCUCGUGGCUCUGAGAUUGUAUCAUUGGUCUUCGACAGCCUCCAAGCCGAUGUCGAUCAGCGCGUUGACAACCUUGAGGCUGCCGUGUCUCUUGGCGGCCUGCGUGUGUACGACAACACGACAGCGAAUUCGUUGUACCCCCAGAUUGUACGCGUCAAAGACGAUGAGGUCAACCGGAUCACUCAGGUAGAAGGUCGGACCAAUAGCAGAGGUCAAAGCACGGAGCAGGCGGAGCACGAGGUUGGCCUCGAGUCCGACCCUGACAACCCUUUCUUCUAUCUCAAAUUCGAGAACAAGCCAUUGGACCGGAGAGCAGACAGUGCACUAGCGGUCAAGAUGAGAAGCAUGGAAAUUAUCUACCACCGCGGAUACGUGGAGAAUAUUGUGCGAUUUUUCAAGCCACCUGAGAGCGAGCUUGAAUUGAUCGGAGCUUUGAUAGACGUGGCUAGUGAGACCAUCGAGGGCAUCCGAAAAGAAACGAGAGCUGGGCUCGAGAACGCGCUGGAAAAUCACAAGACAAUAGAUCUCACCCUCGACAUCAAGGCGCCCAUCAUCAUCGUACCGCAAGACGUCACGCAGAGGCAGUGUCAACACAUCGUGCUCGAUGCUGGUCAUAUUGGAAUGCGGUCCGUGUUCGCGGAUCAAAGUGCACUCGAUACAGUGAAAUCAAAACAAAGCAAGCAGUACACGGAAGACGACUAUCGACAGCUCGAGGACCUCAUGUACGAUCGCUUCUUUGUCAAGCUCGAGUCCAUGCAGCUCGUCAUGGGCCCGGAUAUCGAAUCCUGCUUGUCUAGUCUAACGGCUGGCUCGGAGCAUCAUGCGAGCCAUUUGGUAGAGCGCAUCAAUUUGGAUUUCACGCUACAUAACUCCAUCUUGCCGAAGGCGCCCAACUUGACGAAGUUCAAGAUCACGGGUCAUCUACCCAGCCUUCGCGUCAACUUCUCUGACAACAAAUACAAGGCCUUGAUGUCGGUCAUCGACGUUGCCAUUCCGAAGCUUGAUGAUGAUCCUGUGGAUGAGGAGCAGGGUCAAUUGGGCGCAUCGGGCGGCCGAAGCAACGUGCUGGGCGACCCCGAGAUGUCGCAGGUUCAAACCUCAAGGACCCGCCAGCCGAGUGCAGACGAUGGACGUGGAAGUGAGAGCGGACUUGAUCUCAAUAAGGUUCGCAGGCAGCGCAUCGCAAGUCAAAUGAGAGGCGGCGACGAUUAUCUGGUUGAGCAAGAAGAUGACGACGCGGAAGGUGAAGCUGAAUUUGAGGAUGCUGAAGAUGACACUGCGGAUCGCAUCAACGCUCAUCAACGCACGUUUGAGCUGCACUUUGUCGUGGACAGCUUGCAAGGCAGCAUCUAUAAAUCCAGCACAGAUCCAAGCAAGCCCGAUAGGUUGCUCGUCGAGGCCGUGUUCGAAGGCUUCCUGCUUCACUUGGCGGUGUUCCCAUAUCACAUGGAAAUCGACGUUGGCUUACGUAGUCUCGAAUUGGAGGACAAGAUCGUCGACCAGGGCGCCGUCUUCAAGCACCUCAUCACAUCAAAGGCUGUCGAUACUCAUGGCAAGCCUACCACCGCUUCAAAAGCAUCGACUCCCGACAAAGACCUCGUGCGUGUCAAGUACGUUCGGGUUCAGACCGAUUCGCCAGAGUUUCAAAGCGUCUACGAAGGCAUCGAUCAGUCGAUCCACGUCGAGUUGUCGACGAUCAACAUCACACUCACACGUGUUUCGGUACUCGUUGUGUACGAUUGGAUCAUGACCACGUUUGUCCCGUCGGAGUCCGCCGCGCCGCCACCGGAAAAGUUGAUUGAUGUUCCACAGGGCGAAGACGAAAAUACCAAGACGGGCCGCAAGGAGAUCGCUGAGCCUGUGACACGCAAGGAAAUGCUUCGCGUCCGUGUCAAACUCACGUCGAUCGUCCUGCGCAUCAACAAUGAUGGCCAGCUACUAGCGACCCUGACGCUGUCUACCGCCGAAGUCGCGGUCCUUCUAAGAGGCAAUUCGAUUCGGGUGGCUGCGCGUCUCGGGUCCCUACUUUUGGUCGACAAUGUCCAGCGCGAGGACUCUGACAGCGGUCGCAGGAAGAAUCCUGGAGAGUUCAAGAAGCUCCUCUCUAUCGACGGAGAUGAGCUCGCAGACUUCACUUAUGAGACUUUCGACGAGCAGGACAAGCAGACCUAUCCGGGCUACGAUACUUCCAUCUGGUUGCGUACUGGCUCUUUGAAGUUCACAUUUGCUGAAGAGCCAGUGCGGGACCUGCUGAACUUUUUCAACAAAUUUGCUAGGAUGAAGGCUGUGUACGACGCUGCAACACAAGCGGCUAGCGCACAAGCCACACAAUUACAAGAGCGCGUUGCCAAGUUGCAUUACGACGUUGUCAUAAAGACGCCCAUUGUCAACAUACGACGCGGUCCAGGCAGCUCUGACGUACUGACUGCCAACUUAGGAGAGAUUUACGCCUACAAUACCUUUUCUGAGCCGGACGAUGAUCAUGUCACGACCAAGAUCGAAGCAGGCCUUCGACAUAUCCGCCUGGCGAGCAGAAUGACAUAUGGCUCUCAAGAGUACAAGGUCCAGAUGAUCGACGACGUCAAUAUCUCUGUGGAUGUCACACAGCGAGAUCACCUUGGACACGCAGCAUCCACAGCCGAGAAAAACAGCUCCAGUGCAGCCCACAACUUGCCUGACAUGUCCAUUAAUGCCCGAAUGUCCGACGUUCAGAUUAAACUCACGGAGCAGCAGUACGGCUUCAUCAUGGCGCUCACCCAAGCGAUCCCUCGAGCUUUCGCACUUGACGAGGAUGACGAUGCUGACAACGAUCAAGCCGUAUCGUCCAUACCAUCGACGUCAGCCAGCAGCGUUCGCCAAGUGCCAGCAGCAUCAACUCCAAGCUCCGCCGGCCCGGGCGUCGACAUGCUGCCAGAAUUGGGCGUCGUAGCUCAUGACUCUGAUGGAAAUGGUGUUCUGCUUCGCACUAGCCUCGACAUGCUUUUCAAUGUGCGCGCCAUCGGACUUGAGUUGUUUAGCUCUGGAGCGACUGCUCAAGACACUUUGCAAAACGCAAGUCUCGCAAAAUUCUCACUGAAUCAGUCAGCCGUCAAGCUCAAGGUGCUCUCUGACUCCUCACUUGAGGCCGAAGUUGCGCUCAAAUCUUUCACCGUGUCCGACACAAGGCCUGACAAAGGCACCAAAUUCCGCGAGAUCAUUCCAGCUGUCCGACAUGACGGUCACCAGUUCAUGCUGUCCUACACGCAAAGCGGCAAUCAGUCCGAUAGAGGAGCUCUUGCUUUGGUUACCGUCGACAGUCCUAAGAUCAUCUUCUCCUUGGAUCCCCUCUUCGCGCUCGUAAACUUUUUCACGAGCGCUUUCAACGAAGCCGACACGCAAAUGCAGGACGACAUCGCGGGUGCCAAUAGCGACUCCAACAGCGCGCGUAAAAGCACUUCUGCGGUCAGAAGCCAACAGAGGGCACCUACCAAGAAGAGCGCGCCUUCCAAAACUGCGCAACAGUCGGCAUCGGGAGGGUCAGAGCCAGCUGAUGGAGGCUCAGCAAUCGCAUUCCGGGUCAAUGUGGUGGACCCUACAAUCAUUCUGCUCGCUGCACCGGAGCGCACAGACUCGGAAGCAAUUGUCCUGUCCAUUCGGCAGAUUUUAGUGUCUCAGCAAGCCAUCUUGGCUCUGAAGGUCGAUCAAUUCGGGAUGUUCAUGUGCCGCAUGGACCGACCAAAGGACUCCCUUCGAUUCCUCGAUAAUUUCGACCUCACGCUCUCUCUCGACAGCCGGGGGUCUGGCUCCCGUCAAGUCACCAGUAUUGAGGUUGACGUCGAGCCCCUUGUGCUUCGCGUCUCCUUUAAAGACAUCAUGCUCAUUUCGAGUGUUGUGAACAAAGCUAUUGAGCUCUCGAAUCAAAGCAAUAGCUUUGGUGCGAAUCAGGAUGGAAAGCAGAAUUCCGCCUCCCGCAGAGAAGCUUCUGCGAUGAGCGGAAAUAUCUCGCUGAACGAGUCGACGAAAGUUGUUGAGCCUCGAGGGCGUUCCAGCAGCGCCUCGGCUCGCAAUACUUCCCACGACGACGAGCGGCCCUCCGAGGCAGAAUUGAUCGUUGCCAAAGAGCUUCUCAAAGCAGAUGUGGCAGGCUUGCAGCUGAUUCUCAUAGGUGACAUGCACAGUCUACCCAUGCUGGACCUCAACCUCCGCAAAUUCUCGGUCAAUGUCCGCGAUUGGUCUUCAGAGAUGCGGGUCAGGACUUCGAUUGGCAUGCACGUCAACUAUAACAACCUGUCACGGUCUCAUUGGGAACCCUUGAUCGAUCCUUGGGUCGUCGACUUUGGCAUGGAUUCAGUCAAUGGCACCACUACGAUGACCGUGUCGUCGAAGAAGCGUCUCGAGGUCAACGUCACUACGACGCUGAUCGAGACCGCAAUGACCACUGCGGCCAUCAUGGCGGAGGAACAGAAGAAGCUCAGCAACGCAUCGGCCAGCGCAAAUACUGCGACCACGAGCGUCUUGAGGGAAAGCCAGGCGCCGUUCCUCGUUCGGAACCGGACGGGCUAUCGCAUCACGCUCUGGGCGGAGCACGAGGAUCGCCGUGUCAAAGCUUCUCCACACCGCCUAGAAGAUGGUUCGGAUACUCCGUGGCGGUUUGACGACUGGAAGGCGAUGCGAGAGCACGUCAUGCAGUCUGGCGGCAAUAUGCUCUCCCUUCAAGUGGAAGGCAUGCCCUGGGAGCGUAUCAAGCACGUUAGUGUCGAUCGGGAGGGCGAAUCACUGAUUACCCUGCAUCCAAAGGUGGAAAAGGUAGCACAUCGCAUGCUCUGUGACGUCAAGCUCGUGGAUAAUGUCAAGGUCGUCACCUUCCGCUCAAGCUUCAACAUUGAGAAUCGGACAAUGGUGCCCGUAGAGUUUGUUGUGCUAGGAUCCGAUGGAGAGCCAACUCAGGGUGGAGUCCGGCAGCUUGCUCCUGGUGAAGAUUGCCCUGUCCCCAUAGAGGCAGCGUAUCAUAAUCGCAUCCGUCUGCGCCCGGAUCCCGGCUUUGAGUACGGGUGGUCAAACGAAGCAUUCAAUUGGCAAGAACUGGUCAAGAAAUCUACUCGGAUAGUGAGCUGCGACGCUUUGCACGAGGGUGAGGCUCCGUUCCGCUUCCAGUGCUUUGCGAUCACCGAAAAGCAGGAUGCAUUGUCCCGGGCGUACCCUCGCUUGACGCUGCGUCUUAGGGCACCGGUCGAGGUGGAGAACUUGCUGCCGUACGACAUCCAGUACAGAAUCUUCGACCGCAACUUGAACCACAACUGGAACAGCUUCCUGCGCAAAGGAGGCACUUCUCCCAUCCACGUGGUCGAGACCUCACACCUUCUGCUGCUAAGUGUGGACAUUCAGUCUUCGGUCUUCUCUCCAAGCGAGUUCGCCAUCAUUGCGACGGAUAAUGGGGACGACUUCCCAGUUGAGAAGACGAUGACUCUGGCCGAUGCCGAGAAUUUGAAACUCAACUUGCGCCUCCACUACUCGAAGUAUCCCGACUCUGGCGGAGCCUUCAAAGUCUCCAUAUUUGCACCUUACAUCUUCAUCAAUCAGACGGGCCUACCGUUCGCUCUCAAGACCAAAAGCUGGAUUGGCGGCGCGAAGCUCGUUGCUGGACAAGAGCAAGGAGAAGUGUCAGAGGUGCGAAAGCAUCCCGAUCCUUUCCUGUUCUCUCACAAUUCGAAUGACCGUCGAAAUCGAGUUCUACUUCGAGUGGGUGAUUCUUCCUGGUCAAAGCCACUCUCAUUCGAAGCUAUAGGCUCUGAUAGCGAGGUGGUCAUCCCUUCAGCGUCUCGUAACGAAGAAAUCCAUUUGGGACUCAAUAUUCAGGACGGGCUCGGCAAGUUCAAGCUGAGUAAGGUUGUCAAGCUCACACCGCGGUACUUGGUGCGCAACAAUCUUGGCGAAACCCUCAAUCUGCGUGAGCCUGGAGCAGCAGACUCCGUCACAGUUGAGGCUGGUCGGCGAGUGCCUCUUCACUUCUUGCGUGUUGGAGCGUCGAAGCAAAUGACUCUUGCCUAUCCGGGGCUCAACAACAAGUGGACUGCUCCAUUCAACAUCGAGGACAUUGGCAGCGUGCACUUGCGCAUCGCCAAGGCCGGCGACCACCAACACCUCAUAAAGGCCGAAGUCAUGCUCGAGGGUCCGACCAUCUUCAUCUCGCUCUCGAUGGAACGCGGGCAAUGGCCUUUCAUGCUUCGAAAUGAGUCUGACUACGUUGUGACAUUCAUGCAAGCUACCGAGCGCUCCGAUGAGCGCAACGGGGAUAAGGACGAGGCAGUGGGCAAGCGCUAUGAGCUGAAACCACGCUCCAAGAUGAAGUACGCAUGGGAUUUCCCGGCCCUCCCGAACAAGCUCAUCAAGCUUGUUGCUAAUGGGCGAGAACGCAGCGUAAAUGUUCUGGAGAUUGGUACCCUCAUGCCCUUCAAGUUCCCAAGCACUGAUGGACGCGGCAGCCGGGUGAUUGCACUUGACGUUCGCGCAGAUGGCGCGACGCAGACGCUAGUCUUAAGCCCCUGGACCGAAGAGAAGAGUGGCUUCCGCCUCAAGCGUCAAAAUUCUACGUUCUCCCGCACCGACACAGUCAGCAGCACAGGUCGCGAUGGAGGCUUUGAAGCUGUCGACGUAGACAGUAAGAUCACUAUGGUCUUUAAUGUCGAGUUCGAAGGUGUCGGCAUUUCGGUCAUCAAUCGAUCGGUGCAAGAACUUGCAUAUGUUUCAUUCCGCGGCCUGGAAUUCCAUUACAAUCAGUCGGAGAAAGCAACUUCUAUUGGAGUGGUAUGCAAGUGGAUACAGGUGGAUAAUCAGCUUUUCGGCGGCUUGUUCCCAAUCGUUCUGUAUCCUGCGGUGCUGCGCGAAGGCAAGGAGCUAGAUCAGCAUCCAGUUCUGCAGCUCUCGUGGAUUCAAAGCACGGAUGAAACGCAUGGUGCGAGCAUCGUCAAGUAUGCAAGUGCGCUGCUUCAAGAGAUCAGCGUCGAGCUCGACGAGGACUUCCUGUUCGCCCUCAUCGAUUUCUCCAAGCUGCAGGGUGCUUCAUGGCAAAAAGAUGCUGCUCUUGAGAGCGACUUCGUCGAGGACCCUCGAGAGGUCCCCGAGCCCUCUGGAACGCUUCACCAGCCUGCCGACACGUACUUUGAGGUCCUUCACCUGCAGCCGCUCGCCAUCAACUUGAGUUUCAUGCGCACUGACAUGCGCACUGACCGCUCUGAUGAAAGGGUGGGCAGUCGCAAUCCGGUGCUGUUUGCCAUCAACGCCAUCUCUAUGGCCCUCGGGAACCUCAAUGAGGCGCCAAUUCGACUCAACGCCCUCGUGUUGGAAAAUGUGCGCCUGUCCUCCGCGGACCUCCAAGCUCGUCUAACGACGCACUACACACAAGCCUUGGUCGGCCAGCUCUACCGCGUCAUGGGAUCGCUCGACGUCAUCGGCAAUCCGGUCGGGCUGUUCAACAACGUUUCGGGUGGGUUCGUUGCCCUGUGGUACGAGCCCUACCAAGGUCUUGUCAUGCACGGCAAUCGAGAACUCGGAAUGGGGCUCGUACGAGGCGCUUCGGCUUUCGCAAAAGGAGCCGUGUUUGGUGUCUCAGACUCCAUGAGCAAGGUGACAGGCUCGAUAGGAAAGGGCCUCGCUGCUGCUACGAUGGAUCCAGAAUUCCAGAGUCGUCGCCGAAUGACGCGCUUCCGCAACAAACCCAAACAUGCCCUCUACGGUCUUUCAUCCGGCGCAAGCGCCUUCUUCACGAGCAUUGCCAGCGGUCUUAGCGGUGUUGCGCUCAAACCUAUCGAGGGUGCUGAGCGCGGUGGAGCAGUAGGAUUUGCACGUGGCUUGCUAGCUGGCUCUGUCGGGCUUGUGACUAAGCCGCUUGUUGGUACAUUCGAUUUCGCUUCCAACCUGACUGAAGGUGUGCGGAAUACUACUGUGGUUUUCGACCAGAACGAGAUCGACCGCGUUCGCUUGCCGCGGUUCAUUGCAGCUGAUGGUAUCGUUCGUCCAUAUACCGCCAGAGAAGCGCUUGGUCAGACCUGGCUGCGCUGUGUCGACGAUGGGAGACUCUAUCGGGAGUCUUAUGUAUGCCAUGUGGAUCUGGGUCAGGCACAGGGUCAAGCCAACCCUCAGCCGGAGAGAGACGGCGUUAUCAUGGUCACACUGACACGUAUCUUGUUCAUUCGAACGCUCCGCAUGAAAGUGGCGUGGGAGGUGCCUCUUAGCGACCUCGCCAGCAUAUCUCUCGAGUCUGACGGGAUUGCGCUGACGUUGCGCAACAAUGUAGCUGGUCCCUUCCUCAAGUUGCCCGAAGCGGGCGCUCGUUCAUUCCUCUUCUCAUCCAUCUCGAGAGUUGUCAGAGCGUACAAUGCUCAGCACCAAAGCUAAAUGGCAGUCUCGUCAUUGCGCACCCAAUUUUGAUCCAUUGUACAUAUUAGUAGUCUAAAUUUGCCUCGGAAUUGCUCAGCCAUACUGGCACACGUUCAAUGCUUGCGCUCGGAAAUUGGCAGACUGAGACGUCCAA